UUAGGUUUCUCUUCUCUCCAGGAUUAUUUCAAAUUUCUAGCCUGAUAUACAAAUUUCCUUCACGACCAAGCCCCACUAUCCACAUAACAGUUCAGUUUAUUUUUUUUUAAGAUUUUAUUUAUUUAUUAGAGAGAGCGACAGCGAGAGAGGGAACACAAACAGGGAGAGUAGGAGAGGGAGAAGCAGGCUUCCUGCUGAGCAGGGAGCCCGAUGCAGGACUCGAUCCCAGGACCCCUGGAUCAUGACCUGAGCCGAAGGCAGACGCUUAACGACUGAGCCAGGCCAGGUGCCCCAGUUCAAUUUAUUAUUCAGUUCCUACCAUGUAUCGGGCUCUGUGCUCAGUCUUGGAACCAUGUUGGCAAAUAUGAAAGCCAUGGUCCCUGCCCUCACAGAGCUUUCCAUUUAGCUGGAGGGUAGGUUGUUAUAGUUAUUAAAAAAUAUGUUUUGUAAUUACCCUUUGAAUGUCUGAGAUUGAGGGGGAAGUACGCUUUGUCUGCUACUUUCCUAUCCCUCCUCUUCCAUUAUUUUUUCUUCUUUGAAUCAUGAAAUGCUAAGGCCUCAUGUAUGACUCCAUGCUUUUAUACAUCUUAUCUCCCCCCUUUUCUCCUAGUUAAUUAACGUCUGGCCUUCCUUUAAGACUCAGAUGUCAAGAUGUUCUCAAAUAGUGAUGAAGCUGUAAUCAAUAAAAAACUUCCCAAAGAACUCCUAUUACGGAUAUUUUCUUUUCUGGAUGUUGUUACUUUGUGUCGCUGUGCUCAGGUCUCCAGGGCCUGGAAUGUUCUGGCUCUGGAUGGCAGUAACUGGCAGCGAAUUGACCUGUUUGAUUUCCAGAGGGAUAUUGAGGGCCGAGUAGUGGAGAAUAUUUCAAAAAGAUGUGGGGGCUUUUUACGAAAGUUAAGUCUUCGUGGGUGUCUUGGAGUAGGAGACAAUGCAUUAAGGACCUUUGCACAAAAUUGUAGGAACAUUGAAGUACUGAAUCUAAACGGAUGUACAAAGACAACAGAUGCUACAUGUACUAGCCUUAGCAAGUUCUGUUCCAAACUCAGGCACCUUGACUUGGCUUCCUGUACAUCAAUAACAAACAUGUCUCUUAAAGCUCUGAGUGAGGGAUGUCCACUGUUGGAGCAAUUAAACAUUUCCUGGUGUGACCAAGUAACCAAGGAUGGCAUCCAAGCACUAGUGAGAGGCUGUGGGGGUCUCAAGGCCUUAUUCUUAAAAGGCUGCACACAGCUAGAAGAUGAAGCUCUCAAGUACAUAGGUGCACACUGUCCUGAACUGGUGACUUUGAACUUGCAGACUUGCUUACAAAUCACAGAUGAAGGUCUCAUUACUAUAUGCAGAGGGUGCCAUAAGUUACAGUCCCUCUGUGCCUCCGGCUGCGCCAACAUCACUGAUGCCAUCCUGAAUGCUCUAGGUCAGAACUGCCCUCGGCUUAGAAUAUUAGAAGUGGCAAGAUGUUCUCAAUUAACAGAUGUAGGCUUUACCACUCUGGCCAGGAAUUGCCAUGAGCUUGAAAAAAUGGACUUAGAAGAGUGUGUUCAGAUAACAGAUAGCACGUUAAUCCAACUUUCUAUACACUGUCCUCGACUUCAAGUAUUGAGUCUGUCUCACUGUGAGCUGAUCACAGACGAUGGAAUUCGUCACCUGGGGAAUGGGGCCUGCGCCCAUGACCAGCUGGAGGUGAUUGAACUGGACAACUGCCCACUAAUCACAGAUGCUUCCCUGGAGCACUUGAAGAGUUGUCACAGCCUCGAGCGGAUAGAACUCUAUGACUGCCAGCAAAUCACACGGGCUGGGAUCAAGAGACUCAGGACCCAUUUGCCCAAUAUUAAAGUCCACGCCUACUUCGCACCUGUCACUCCACCCCCAUCAGUAGGGGGCAGCAGACAGCGAUUCUGCAGAUGCUGCAUCAUCCUAUGACAAUGGAGGUGGUCAACCUUGGUGAACUGAGUAUUUAAUGAUACUUCUAGAGUUACAGUGGAGUCUCCAAUGGAAGCAACCCCAGUGUUCUGGGCAAGGGUUACAAAGUGAGGGCAGCGUCCAGAUCCCCAGAGCCACAUAUAACAUGCAAACCCACCCUCACCCCCACCCACUCUAGUUCUAUGACCAGGGGACUGAAGCCCACGCUGGCUUUAUCAAGUGGAUUGGUAAAACUUAACCAUUCCUGUUGGACAUGCCAAGAAGAAAAUCAUAGGCAAGGUGGAGGGAAGGGGGCAUUCCAGCAAAUGCAGUGUUACUGCUCCUGCCGUUUCUUCAUUUUUUGAAGGGGUUUCUUUGGUGAUUUUGGAACAGCAACUGCAGUCCUCCAGGGUCAAGGAAAGCAUAGAAAAACAAUAUAUGUUGUAUCCAGGGACCAGAAAGAAAAAUUCUUUGCAUCCUAUAAAUGGUAGCCAUCCCUCAUGAGAUGACUACAGAGCUUCUGUGCUUCCUUGUUCCCAUGCCAACAUGCUGAGCAUGCUCCCAAAGAAGGCUCAUCCAUUCCUCCUCCUGUGUUUUUUAGUAUUUGGCCCAGAGGUUUCCUAAAAGGUUGCACUGAAAUCGCUGUGGUCCAAAUGUGAUUACUUACUCACUCAAAUUGUCACUCUCUGUAGCACACUUGUGCACCUGUCUUUCGUUCUCUGUUGCUCCCUCCCGCACUCUUGCUCAGUCUGUCACCUGUUCAUUGUCUGCUUACUCACACUCAAUUGUUACUCUUUUGCCAUUGUGUUUACAGUGUGCAUUUUGGAUGAUUAGUUGGGGUUACCAAACAUUUUUGAAAGAGACAUUAUCAAUAAAUAUUUUUUUAAUUCUAAAUUUUACCAUUAGGGGACCCUGCCUGAAUCUUUGCCAGUCUGAAGGGAAACUAUCACAAAACCAAGAAAUGGUAUGAGAAGAAAUUGAGUUAAAAUUAUUUUGACGAAAACAAACUUUGCCUUUUGGUUUCUGUUAUACCUUGUGAUAUAUAAUAAUACGCAUGAUAUGCACAAUGUUCUCCCUGCACAUUUUUCUUCCCGUCAGACUCCACUAACUUAAUAAGGAGAGAGAAAUGCAUUAUUAGUAAAGAGUGGAAUGGCGAAUCCCAAAACUGAGCCCAAAAGCACCCCCCACCCAAGCUCAGACAUGUCGGGUGUUCACUGAAAUCUAGGUGUGAGCAGUAGCAUCCCUGAUUUGUGUCUGUGAGGUUGUUUUGUUUUAGUAGGGGUGCUGCUAGAGUUGCUGUGCCAUCUAGCUGGUCAGUUUCUCUCCCACCCCCCACCCCCCCACUCCCUUUCCAGCCUAUCAGGGAUAUCAGAAUGAUCCUAGAACAGGUGGUCAGCUGUAUGUCAGUGUUGGUGAUGUAUCUCGAAUGUUGGCACCUCAAAGGACCAGACCAUUUCAAAACCUAUCAACCCUAUCUUUCUUAUGCUCCGGACUUCCCAUGAAUGAAAUACAGGGGUAACCAGGUGAAGACUUUGAGAGGAAGCAGGGGGUUCACUCUCUCUGCCCAGCAUGGUCAGCAGAACUGAAGGCAAGUAUUCAGUGCCCAUGACUCAGAGGCAAAGAAGAGGCUUCCUUCCUUCCCCCCAAAAGUCAUAAAGGAUGAGGGAACUAAAAUGAGCUUCUAAAGUAUAAGAAGUAGAUUUCUAAACCCCAAAGUUAGAAACCUUAUGUGGUUUUUAAUAGGACACCUUUUUUUUUUCCUUUUGGUCUUUUAGGACAUUAUUGUGCAGUCUGCCGUGAUCUUAGAUCAUCUUCUGCAUGAUCCAGGCUGUUAAAAGGCUUGUUGUAAUGCUGCAGGUGCUGGCUCUUCAUAAAGCAUGACUUAGUUCUCCACAAGCAGUUCGAGGAAAGGACACUAGAAAUCUGUACUGUCCACCAUUAUUUUGCAUGUUAAAUUUAUUUUAAACGCUCAAAUUACUUUUAGUUUUCAUUCCCCCUUCCCCUUAACCUCUUUUCAAAUUACCAUGUGAAGAAUAUACUUAAAUUUCAUUUUUAUUUGAGUAUAGUUGGCAUAAGGAUAUACCUUUUAAAGUGAGACUCACUCUCCUGGUUAUACCCCACACAUACAAAUAUACACACUUGCACACUCUUCCAGAUGUGGUUAAUAUUCAGAUCCCCAGGUCACUCAUUCAAACAAAAGUAAAAAGAGGAAUAUUUAGGGGCCAUCUGCUCUAACAUAUUAAGGCUUUUUUAGUAUUGCAUGAACAAAUUGACUAUAAAACCCUGAUUGAUUAGUGAGUAUGGGUUUAAAUUGCCCACCAGUUGAGGACAUUAAGGUACUUCUUUACUUAAAAAGUACAUAAAUGUAAAAGACCCUAUUCACCAGGACAUGAACAUCUUGGAAAUGCCGUUUCUCAACUCAAAGAGUGGACCCACGUGCAGGGCCCUGUGGACUUGCUCAAGUGAUCCCUACCUGUCUGGGCCAAGAGCACAGUCCAGUGAGAGAAAAAAGGAGUGUGAGCACUGUGCUUGUAUGUGGUCAGGCCUUGCUCCUUUCGCAAGAAAGCUUCAGGCAGGCCCAUCAAGCUUGGAAGGAAAUAGAUUUUUUAUGCCAAUCUGCAACCUACACUAGCUGAUGAAAUGUACCGGGAAUUUAAGAACCCAGAACAUGGUAAGUUUUGGUCAGGUGGAAAGGGCCCCGCCAUCCUGUCUUAAUAUCAGGGAUACUUUUGAAAAUACAGUAAGGCUUCAGAGUUUAGGAAAGGCUUCUUGGCCCAUUUGUCUGACUCCAGAGCCCCGGCCCUCUACGCCUUCUGUGAUGAAGAAAUACAAAGUGAAUGGAGAGAUUCGGGAUAAGUCAGAAGGUACCCUCAGAGCUAUUGCCUAGACCUGCAGGUAGCCAGAAGGGGUUAUUGCUAUGUCUGUGGAGAACGUUAUUAAACAUCCAGAUCACCUCUUUUCCAAGCAGCCUUUCCCCCUACAUUUUCCAGCAUCAUUUGCUACAUCAGUAUCUUUUCUGGCCUCUAUACUGGCUCCAUCAAGGUGAUCCCAGCUUCUUCUUUUUUUUUUUUUUGGACUGCUCCCAUUUUCUUCCUGUACUCAUUCUUGUCUUCUAUUUAAAGCCUCCGUCUCACUCCCAAUGAUGCUGCUGAUUUAUUCUCAACGUCUCCAAUCUAGCUUCCUUUUUGGGUCCUUGUCCUGAUCUAAGCAAAGUCUCUGGGCAGCCUUGAAUACAGUAACUGUUGUGUGGUUCAGGCCAUUUAUCACCGGGUGGUCUUGGACGUUUGCUUACCAAAUUUGAAAUCACGCUGUUGGAUAUGUAAGAAUAUUUCUUAAAUGAUUUUUGUAAAUUUCCACAUCCAUUAAGUUGAUGUAGCAGACCUAUAAGUCAGAAAUUUUACAUUUUCUUUACAGCACAUAUUUUAGAGGGACACCUGGCAAAUAUUUUUAUGAUGCUUUAUUUUGGGCUUUCCAAACCAUUUGAACUGUUGAGUACAGCUCUAAUGCUACAGCAGUCGGGUUCUUUAUUUCUCCUAAUUGCCUUGUAAAAUGCUUUGUUACCGGUUUGAUGGCCCACUCAUGCCGUGGGGGGUAAACAGGGUACGCGGGAACUUGUCCUGGUCUGAAGUUGUAGGGAAGUGUGAGAGUGGCACCGGAAGGAAGACGGGGCUGCCUGCCUGCCUGUGUGGACAGCGUAUGUUCAGGGAACUGUGGUUUUGAAGAAGAGGAACACUUGUGGAUCGUGGUUGACCCUUGGCCAUUUAAUGUUUAUUGUGCUGAAAGUCACAGGCUUCUUAUGACAGGUGCUACCAGUGUGAGAGGAGGGGCUUAAAGGAAAUGGGUCUGUUCUGCCUUUCCCUCCUUGUGUGCAUGGUCUAAGAUUAGGUUUCCAUCCCCAUUGUGCAUCCUGGCUGAGGGACUUUCAGUGGUAUUCUUUGAGCUUCCGGAACUUUUUUUUUUUUUUAAGAUUGCCUUCUUAUGUGUCCACCAGUUCGAGGAUCUUUAACCACCUCAAACCCAGGCAGUGUGAAUGAGCUGAGACUUGUUUGAGACGAGGGGGAGGACGUUUGGUUGGAGGUCUUGAGGCAAACCCUCCCCUUUACAAUGAUCUUGGACCAAAGAACCCUAAAGUAGUAGGAGGGUGAGGGGAAAUAUGGAGUCUAAGCUUCUCGUCACCUUUAUUUCUAUCAUAAACUUUAAUUGUAAUAUUGGAAGAUACAGAAAACUAUAUAAUACCAUGUCGGUUGGCUAUAAUUAACCCAGGUAAUUUGGGAAUAACAUUUGGCUCUAUUUGCUAUAUCCAGGUGCCCUAACUGAACAGCUUGGUUCUCCAGCAAAGAACAUGCUGCUCUAAGCUUGCCCUCUCACUUGAGACAAACUCUACUUGCCAGAAACUACCAUUUGAGGCAAGUGCUUUUUCUGCAUGAAGGGCUUCUGCAGCUCCCCCUCACAAGGCAAGUCUCUCUCUUUGUCCAUUUUUAUUCUUAGGAACAUCAGAUCUGCAUCUCUGAAGGCUUUGACCCUUAGGAGAGUCCAUAAGAACCUCUCAGCUGAGUCUGAGUGAAUCUUUGGAGCCCAACAGAAUUACACUUAAUUUUCAGCAGGAAAAAAAAAAAAUGUCUUGGGUAAGCUCACAUGUGGGAUAUUAAGAGAAAUUCCAUAAUGUGCUUCUUCCAUCUCUGCCUCAUGCGUUUUUGAGUAAGCCCCCGGUGGAGUCUGGUUCGCAGGUGUUGAGUACCUCCUCAGCCAAGGUGUCUCACUGCCCUUUUAGGAAAAAGAAACAUGAGCAACCAGAACUGUGUCAAUGGACUCUUAUUUUCUGUGUUUUUCAGUGUCUUGUUUUGAAGAAUUGGGGUGGGGAAAUGGUAAUGAGAUUGAAAGUAAAGGAGAGAAUCGGCUCUGGAACUGGGGCACUUUGCUUCAGGUACAAGCAUCUGUCCCGAAUAUAUAGAAACACCUGCCUCACGCAUGUGAGUAGAUUUGCUUUCCUCUGCAUCCCGUGAACUCCAUGCCCUUCUCACCGGCACGGAGGGCUUCUGCCUACCACGCACCCGACCAGUCACCCAGAUGGGGAUUGGCACCCCCCGAAGAACCCCCAGUGCUUCUGGGUGUGGCUCCCCCCACCCAGGGCAGGAGCAGGUAGGCAGUGAAUGAGAAUCCCCACCCCAAGAAGAGAUGGGAGAGGAGAGGUGUCCAGACACAUACCUUUUCUCUUCUGCCACACCCCAAGAACCCAGGGAAAUCUUUGAAGUAAUGUCUUAUUUAUUGAAGUGGAAGAAGAAAUCUUUGCCCCACGACGAAGUUCCGCUUGUCACUGUUGCUUACUGCUUAUUUUCACUAAUUCAAAUCUGUCUCACUGCUGCUCACACACAUGUGUUUCUUACCUUAGCCUAACCCUUCUCAGCCCCUGAAGUCAUUAUUUCUGUGUUGUUUUUCUUUCUUUCUUUCUUCCUUUUUUUUUCUUAUGGCACUAGUGAACGACAACCGAAAGUCUUAGAAAAUCCUAACUUGAAAAAGGAGUCUCUAACUGGCAUGGUUUGAUUAAUUACUUUACCCCCCCACACACACCCCCCCAAAGACUUGAAUGAUUUUCUUUCCUAGAGCUAUAUAAUAGACCUGUAAAAAGUGAAACCUUUGCUGCUGCUUUUCUGGGUUUACAUGUUUUUUCCUGCCCUUAAGAAUCUUACCUGUGCUUCUCUGAUGACUGUUACUUUCUAAUAAGUGCAGGAAGGAGGUGAGCCUGAGAUUUCUUCUCUUACUCCCCUCCUCACCCUACCCCCAAACUCCAUGCUAACCUCUAACACACGUAAGCUCCGUGGGGCGGGGGGCUCAGGAGCUGCGUGGGGGGUCUUUUCUCCCCCUGCCGUGGCUCUGCUCUCGCAGCCGGCCCCUGAGGAUCUGUGACUGCCCCGUCUGAAGGCUUGGAAGGGUUACGGCCGGGUGAUCGGCCCGGGGGAGAAAGUCCUCUUCUGCCUUUUGCCUUCUUCCAUUCCUGUUUAAUGACUCAGCCUUCAGCUGCCUCCCACCCUGGCUGCCUCCUUUUUCCUACCAGGAAUUGCUUCCAGGUAACUUGCCUCAGGCAGUUUCCGGCUGCUCUCCUCAGCCUUGCCCACCUUCCCGUGACCCUGAGAGCACAGAUCUGUGCGGAGCUCAGCUGGGAGGACCACCCCUGCCUGUCAGACUCUGCCCGAGGAUGGAGAUGGGUGGGCAAAUGGUGCUGCGGGAGAAAUUUUUACCUUCAAACCAGGCUGUUCCAUCCCUGCACUAACCCCCUCGGACCCCUCUCCCCCUGAGGGAACAGAAGGCAGAGGAUGGUUGACUGGCAGGGUCUGAUCCCAAACCUUGCUGUGGCCUCAGCCUCCUGCAGCCAUUCGGCCUGCCCCGGAGUGCUUCAGUGUGCGGGAGCUGCCGCUGACUUGUUUCUCCACCAGGCCUGCCCCCCGCGCUCAGCCGCUCCCUGGGCUGACCCGGUCCCCGACUCGGUGACUGAACACCAGGCUCCAUUAGCUGUCUAAGUGACUGCUUCCACCCAAUACUUUUGGCGCUUGAGGAUGGGGGGAGGGAGGGUUAUUUAAAAUAAAAUCCAAGGUGGCAGUAGAGGAUUCCUUUUGCUUUAAAAUCUUUGGACUAAAAGAAAAAUGUUUUUUAUAUAUAAAUAUAUAAAGUAAAUUGUUAUGUAACUAUUACUGUUUCCUGUAUGUUCUAAUUUUGUCUUAUGAUGUAAUUAAAGGAAAUAAGCUGUGAAGACUUCUCAUUUUGCCGGGGAAAUAGCCUGACUCGGAGCUGUGAUUCUUAACUUCCUUGAACUCUGGAACUGCAAAGGCUCCCGAGGCUGAAUGAAGGGGCUUCUUUUUGGCAUCCUUGUAUUUGUUUAGUAUUCUUUGAUUGAUACCCUUUAUUUAUUAAUAGGCUUAAUACCUUUUUAAGAGCCGUUAAUACCCUGAACUCCACCUGCCUCUGAAGACGUGAUAUAAGUCAGAGUUUCUAAAAAACCUUUGUUUUAAUUCAUUUGACAGCAGCAGUUCAACCUGAGUCCCCUCUCUGUGCAGAGCAUUGCCCUCACCUUGACUAGGAAGGAAUGAUGAUGGAGAAGUGUAAUAGUUAAACAGGCUCCAAGCCGGAGUGCCUGACUUCCACCCGAACGACCUCAGCCAGUUGACCCUUCCAUCUCCGUUCCUCAUUGGUAGAGCGGGGAUAACAGUACCUGCUUUAGAGUGUGAAGAUUAAAAAAGAUAACAAUGACA